AUGUUGCGACGACUGGUUGGACCCUUGGCUCAGAGCGCCCGGGCCACUCGACUCGGCGCGAGGAACCUGCAUGCCAGUGGAGCCUGGCACUCGUCGCAGGCCGAGGAGGACAUGGCAGCCAAGCUUCGAGAAGCCUUCAACACAGACCAAGUUACGGUGCAGGAUGACUCGGGUGGCUGCGGAGCUCAAUACAUGGUGGUGGUCGAGUCUGAGGCAUUUCGGGGCUUGUCACGACUGAAACAAAACCGUCUUGUCACCGGCGUGUUGCGUGAGGAGAUUAGUCAAAUGCAUGCCAUCCGUGUCUUCACACGAGUACCGGAGCCCAGCGACACCUCUGCCUAA